AUAGACCAACCCACUGCCUGUUGAGUCCUGCCCUGCUCUCAUCCAGCAUCGCACUCACAUGUCACUGAGGUGCAGUGAUCGACUGAGUCAUUUCUGCUGCUGCUAAAACUUCACUGGAUAUUUACACGUUUUUACAGGCUGGCUCUCAUCGCCUCCUAGUGUGCAGUCCAGGCAUGGAAAAAAUGUGAUUUGAUUUUUUUUGGAGGAACAUUUUUCAAACCACAGGAAAUCCUAUUUCAAUCAGAAGGAACUCUUUUUCCUCUACGUACAACAGCUGGGUCUUUUCAAGCUUCCGAUACCAAAGAAAGAAUGCACAACCAGAGGACUGUAUGACACCUUGGAUCUAAUCUUAAAAUAAAAGGUGAAGAAAAGACUCAAAAAGUACCAAAGAAAUGGCCACAGACACUGUCCACGCUGCCUAUGCUGCUGUAGCCCCGUCCACCAUGCCCAUGUCCCCCUCCACAGGAAACCUGAUGCAGAUGUUUCAGGAGUACCAGAGCAACAAGGUCAUCAGGAAUCACUACAACUACACGGGCAAACUGCAGAACAACAAGUACACGGACGGACUCAAACCAGAGGCCAUAGCGUUCCUGCUGGUCUGCCUGCUUAUAGUUGUAGAAAAUGCCAUAGUGCUUCUGGCUAUCUGGAAGAACAAGAAAUUCCAUCUGCCCAUGUACUACCUACUGGGCAACCUGACUCUCUCCGACCUGCUCGCAGGCUUCACCUACAUGGUGAACAUCAUAACAUCCGGCUCCAACACGUUGAAAAUGACCCCGGUGCUGUGGUUCCUGAGGGAAGGGGGUGUGUUCAUCAUGCUGGCCGCCUCUGUCGUCAGCCUGCUGGCCAUUGCCAUAGAGCGCCACGUUACCAUGGUGAGGAUGAAGCCGUACCAGGGGGACAAACAGGGGCGGAUGUUCGCUCUGAUCGGGGCGAGCUGGGUGCUCUCCGUGCUUCUCGGCAUCCUGCCCGUCCUGGGCUGGAACUGCAUGGGACAGUUGGACAAGUGCUCUACAGUGCUCCCGCUCUACGCCAAGAGCUACAUCCUCUUCUGCAUCACCAUCUUCAGCGCCAUCCUCCUGUCCAUCGUGGUGCUGUACGUGCGCAUCUUCCGCAUCGUCAAGUGCAACACCCAGCACCUGAGUUCGGUCCCGCAGCGCAAAGGCCUCUACCGCAAGUCCCAAAAGUACAUGGCCCUGCUGAAGACGGUCACCAUAGUCCUGGGGGUCUUCAUCAUGUGUUGGCUGCCCCUCUUCAUCCUGCUCCUGUUGGACUUCUGCUGCGAGGCCAAAAAAUGCGGGGUGCUCUUUAAGGCGGACUACUUCCUGGGCAUCGCCAUGGUCAACUCCCUCCUCAACCCCAUCAUCUACACCCUGACCAGCAAGGACAUGAGGAGGGCCAUCCUCCGGCUGCUCUGCCGACCCUGCCUCAUGACAAAGGACGGGCAAGUGAAGAAGAUCGGGAUGCCCUUCCUGGAGUGCAGCACCAGUAAGGCCGACGCAACCUCUCACAGACUGGAGGGACUGGAGACGACGGUGUCUUCCGGUAACUUUACACCCUCUCCUAUCAAAGCCAUUUACCCCAGGAUGUCGAAAACAUGACACACUUAAAAAUGAGAGCAAGCAUUCGGACUAUGACUUAGCUGCUUCUCUCUGAUCUGAGUUGUGCUCCUGUCGAGUGUUUGACAAGAGCUGAAGUUUUGCGUUGCACUCUGCCAGGGUUUUUUGGUAUUAACCCUCAUGAACAGAAUAAGCUCGAUGUAUGUGAUAGAAAACAAAAUUGGGAGAAAGACAUUUCAAUUUAUAAGUUUUUUUAUAAGCAUUAAAAACUGAAAUUAGGGAUAGGGAUGCACCGAUACC